AUCUGGAGGAGUUAAUGCCCAAGCAAAAUAAUCAGUCCGUUUGAAGUGACUGUGGGUUUCAGUUUGUCUUUCCUCCCCGUGAUACUAUUGCAGGGGAAUGAUAAUUAGACCUUUACUUAAAAAAUCCAAAGGGGCUCUCUCGCUUUCUCUUCCCUCCCUUUUCGCUCCCUCCUCCCUCUCUGGCUCCCUCCCUCUCUCUUUCUCUCUUGCUCAGAUGUUGGCAAAGGGGGUUUUCUUAAUCAGACUGUUUUUUGGUCCGAGGGAAAGGAGGAAGAAGGAGAUUGUGAUGGAGAAAGGGGGUCUGUAAAACGUCAGGCACCGCACAAAGGCUUUGCCACGUAAUUACAGGCUCCUAUUAAGUCGAGAUCUGCCCUCCCAGGGGUCUCCAAUUUUCUUGUAUUCCCUACAAAGCCUCCUCUGCAUGCCAGUUUGUGCCUUUUGAAGUGCCAGAGAGCUUCUUGAUCCAACUGAGAAGGAAAAAGGAGCUCAGCAAGAAGAGGGGGAGAGAGAGAAGGGAAAGGGGGGAAACCCACCACCACCCUCCUUCGGACUCUUGAAGCCCUUUUUUUUCUUCUUACGAAAAGUAAAGUGAGAAUCCUGCUCUCCAAUACAUCUGCAAGACAUCACCCUCUCCUCCUGAAACUUUAGUCACUCCUGAGAAUCCACAGGAGUGCAGAGAGGGGGAACACGUUUUCUUGAAGAUGUUUUAAAGCUGGAACAAGCCUUCUUCUGUUGGUGCUUGAACUCUUGCCUGGGAAUAACUUUUUUAACCUUGAAAAAAAAACCCACUUUGAUUCUUCUCUCCCACCCCUUCUUCUCUCUUCUUCUGUUUGCCUAACUCCCCCGCCCUGCUGGCCUCCCCUUUCCUUUCUCCCCCUUAUUAUUAUUUUUAGUGUGUGCGUGUGGACGCUUUUGGAGAGCUGGAAGGAAUUUUUUUCUCCUGACUUGAACAUAGGGUGACUUUUUAAUUUUAUUUUUUGGUGUGGAUUAUCUCCUUGGACCGCGCCGGACUUGGCCUCAGGAAAGCAACCGAGGCUGUCGAAGGCUGUUGGUGCAGAACUCUGCUCCGCAGAAGGGGGUCCCCCGCCCUCUUUCCCAUUUUUUUUUUUUUGUCCUUCCCCUCCUUCUCUCUCUCUCUCUCUCUCUCUCUCUCUCUCUCUCUCUCUCUCUCCACUCCCCCCUCUCUCUUCCCCACUCGGCUCCUCUCCCCCCUCGCGCCCACAGCGUUUGGUGUUGAUUCGAGCGGGAAGAGGGGGGUGGGUGGGAUCGGAGGGGGAGACCAUGACCUCCAGCUACGGGCACGUUCUGGAGCGGCAACCGGCGCUGGGCGGCCGCUUGGACAGCCCGGGCAACCUCGACACCCUGCAGGCGAAAAAGAACUUCUCCGUCAGUCACCUGCUAGACCUGGAGGAAGCCGGGGACAUGGUGGCGGCGCAGGCGGACGAGAGCGUGGGCGAGGCCGGCCGGAGCCUACUGGAGUCGCCGGGACUCACCAGCGGCAGCGACACCCCGCAGCAGGACAAUGACCAGCUGAACUCCGAGGAAAAGAAGAAGAGAAAGCAACGGAGGAACCGGACGACCUUCAACAGCAGCCAGCUGCAGGCUCUGGAGCGCGUCUUUGAGCGGACACACUACCCAGACGCCUUUGUGCGAGAGGACCUCGCCCGCCGGGUGAACCUCACCGAGGCCAGAGUGCAGGUGUGGUUUCAGAACCGAAGAGCCAAAUUCCGCAGGAAUGAGAGAGCCAUGCUGGCCAAUAAAAACGCUUCCCUCCUCAAAUCCUACUCAGGGGACGUGACUGCCGUGGAACAACCCAUUGUACCUCGUCCUGCUCCAAGACCCACCGACUAUCUGUCCUGGGGGACGGCCUCUCCGUACAGCGCCAUGGCCACUUACUCUGCCACAUGUGCCAACAAUAGCCCUGCACAGGGCAUCAACAUGGCCAACAGCAUUGCCAACCUGAGACUGAAGGCCAAGGAAUAUAGUUUACAGAGGAACCAGGUGCCAACAGUCAACUGAGGAAAAAAAAAAUAAUUAAGCAGGCCUAAGAAGAAAUCAAAAACCAUAAGACACCUAUCCUGCUCUGUCAUUUCUUCAUCUGCUGGAAAAAAAAAAUCAAUAAAAACAAACAAACCAAAAACCUGAACUAAAAUAUUGGGACCAUGGCAGAGAAAAGCAGGAGAGGAGCAAAAUGAAAAUUAGUUAACCAAUGUUUCUCCUCCCUCUGGGAUCCCACCACCACUUGUUUCUGUGUGUGUUAAUUUUGUUUUUCCUUCUAUUCAUGCGCUUUGCUUUAAUAUACUCCAAGCUUCUUCAGUUAGGUUCAGCCCACCCACCCCCAUGAUUGUAUGGGUUUUAAAAAAAAAAAAACCUACAGCAGCCAAAGAAGUCGUAUAUAUAUUCAGAAUCAUUGUCUAUAGUCUCCUCAGUGACCUGUUUGAACUUCAGUGCCUUAUCCUUUUCUUCUUCCCAGUUCUCUGUAUAGAAGUUCUAGAAACUUCUGGAAAGCCAAAGUCUUUCUGCAGAAUCUGUGCCAGAUAUGAUUUCCUUUCUCGUUGUCUCCAUCUCUGUUGGUCACGGUACGGCUUUUCCGUCAGCUACUGUUAACCACAUCUGGCCACUGGCUUGUCAGAUCCAACGCGAUUGGCUGUGUCUGGCUAGUUCUAAGCUCUAAGCUGUAGAUCUAAGCUCUACUUACUAUAAGCUAUAGAUUUAAGCUCUAAGCUGUAGAUGAUAAUAUCACCAUCAAUAUCACCACCACCCCUCACCCCCAUCUGAGCAGUCAGCCACAUUAAGUUAAAGAUAUUUGUUGUUUCUGAAUGAUUUGCUGUCACGGGCUAUUUGUUAAAAGAAAUAUAUUUCGCUUGAGAGAGGGAGAGAAAUUUCUCUAGGAAAACAGAGACUGAGUUGUGAAAGGCAUGGCCUACAUCUCUUUAGUGCCUUAAGGGUAGUCAGAUGCACACAUAUAUAUAUACUGUAUAUAUUUAUAUAUUUUAUAUAUAUAUAUAUAUAAAAUAUUCUUGCAAGCUUGAGUUUGCAAACUCAAACACUACAAAAAGCAAGUUUCACGCCGUCACCACUGUCCUUAUCUCUACAGUGAUGAGAUGUUUUUAGGGAUCUUGUUUCCUUUCUUUCUCUACACACAAUUCUCAUCAAGGCCACAGAGCAACUGAUAGGGCAUCUGUUUGAGAACAGGUCUCAUUUUCACAUUUGGGCUUCAAAUAAAUCAGAACCUAUUUGAGGCUCUGACAGUGUUCUUGAGUUUGGAGUCUGAGCUCCGGUGGAAUGGGGAUAGAUCCUGGUACACAUCAUGGGAAUUACACUCAGAGGAUGGAAAGCCAUGUACUUUUCCGCUUCUCCACUCGACAGGAAUCUGAAAGACCAUGUUUAAAUGGGAUACUUAAAGGCUUGUCUAAGUUCCAGAAAUGGAAAAGGCAACUGUGGGCCAUUCUUUUUCUAAUACAGUAUUUUGAAAUAAAGUUUAGUGCCUAGGGCUGCGAGCCAGGACUGACCUGUCUUUGUUUCUUUCUUUUUGUCUCCAGCUGUGCUUUGGUAACUUGUCAGGUGGACUAGACCAAACUACCCCACCGUGCUGUGCCUCAGUUUACCUUUUUUGUAAAAAUGGGUUUAACAAUACUUACCUACCUCACAGGGGUGUUGUGAGGCUCCUUUCGUUUGCUCCUUCAUUCUUUCCUGUACUUUCUCUUUGUGCAGCACUUUGUAGCCAUGGGAGGAAAGAGACUAUAAAAGUACACAACGUUAAUGGAAAGAUAUGGUACCUGGAAGCCUUGUUUCCUAGCAAGGAAAUGCUACCUUGCUGUAAAUACUUACAGCCUCGUAUUUGGAAAUGAGAAAUAGGUUUAUACUUCCAGACCUCUCAAAAAUCACAUCACUUGACCAAAGAAUAAUGUAAGAUGCACAGAACAGACAUAUUCUCGACCUAUUUUUAUUCCUGACCAGGUUGGUUCCAGUAAUCUUAGUUGUCAGUAAUUAAAAAGCUUUAGAUUGGCUUUGGCCAAAUAUGCCAACUCUGAAUGACAGGCAAGGACUAAGAUGCACUUUCGUCACACAUUUGCUAUGCCUUCCACCUGGCACCUUGAGUGAAUGGUGGUAGUUUUUUCAGCCAAACAGCCACCGAUCUGAAAACAUAUUUUGAAUGUUGCUUCUGUACUUCUUUUCACAAUGAGAAGGAAGCCCAUCUUAUGCAUUUUGCUUUCACCAACUGAUCCCCUCUUCUUUUAAUAUAACUAUUAAACAGAUGUUUUAUGUAGGCUGGCUGAACACCACAUAUGACUUGCUUCCUAAAGAGUCCCUCGGUGAAGUUUUCUGUCCCGCUAGCUGCUGUGGAUUCUCAAGAUUCAAAGGAACGGUGUGGUCCAACAGAUUAAAACAUUCUUUGUGAAAUAAGUACAAUCCGAGACAUUGGCGAACUCUUGGAGUUUGGACUUUGGGGAGAAGAGCCACAAGUGCUUUUGGGUGAUAGUGCAGGGAACAGAAAUCACACACGACAAGAUGUUGCUGGAUGGGGGAGUCUUCGAAGAGGGUGUAAAGGGACAGAAGGUCCUGUGAAACAAAGUCAUUUGAAGCUUUCAUCCUGACACCCGUUUUCAGCGGUGCGCAGAAAACCCCAAACCCCAAACCCAAAUGCUCUGUGAAACUGGGCAGUUUUACUACUAGAGCCUGGGAAGCGAUGUCUGAGAAUGUCCGAGAUUAACGAUGAGAAUAUCCGAGAAUAUCCGAGAUCAGCCAUAGGAGCUUUCAUUGAUAAUGAAAGCAUCUGUUAUUUAAGCACCUGAUCAAGAAGUAUACACAUGGGACAAGCACUCAGUAUUGUUCAUUUAUUAUUGAUUUUUUUUAAGGUAGAAGUUGGAUAUCUGAUUUAGAGGAGUAGCCUUUUGGCUCCCAAGCCAGGUCUCAAGAGAGGGCCUCGGGACCACAAAGUCCCAAGGCAUACAUACCCCUGUUCCUCGCCAUCAUUAUACCCAGGUGCAGAUAAUAUGUACCAACUAUCUGUGUCCCCAAUCCCUCCCCAAACGAGAUGCUGAUUUGUAGGAUACCUGGCAGGUUAAAAUUAACCAGAGAAGGUGAUUGAAUAAAAAAAAGGGAAUGGCACUUAGGGUAUAAAGAUCUCAUAAGAAAUGUAAUAUGUAAAUUAUAUCUUGCUUUAUGAUGUAAAAUAUACAUUGUUUGCGCUAGAAUAGAAAUGAUUCCUUUUCAAUAAAAAGAAGAAGGAUA